AUGCGUAAGUCAUUUCUUGGAGCAAGGUUUUCCCCUUUAGUUGUGUGGAACACCUCAUAUCGCUUUACUUCAAGUACUAACCCUGGGCCCAACCAGCCUGUCACUGGCAGUGCCAAUCCGACCGCAACAACACCCAAAGCCGUUGGGAAGGAUGAAGAAAAAGAGGAAUAUAGCAUUCCCACGGCAGAAAUACUUGACGCGGUGAGACGGCGGGACUUCAGUGCUGUCCAAUCGCACGCCGUUGGUAUCGCACAGCACAAGUGGAAGGAAGAGCAUAACAUCCCAGCAGCUUGUGUUGUUUUAACACUGUUCACGUGGUUUUUUGCAUCUGGCUCUAGGCGGCGGGCCGAGCGGGCCUGCAGGGCGACAGAGGCACGUGUGGAGGAGGAAGCUGAGCAGACGCUGGAGUUGGUAAAUACACUCAUUCGAAAGUGGAGGCAAAAUGUUCAGCGUGCUGAGCAGCAGUUGCAGUUGAUUCUGGACAAAAAUGGCGAGCUGACGAAAGAUAUUGAUCGCAUGACAAGCGGCCUGCGCCAGUGUUAUGUUGACACGCGAGCAGCAGCGAAAUGA